GGAGAUGACAGCCUGUCUGUGAUAACCUGUGAGUCAGAUACAGAAAUGAAGUUAAAGAAGAAAAUUUUUCACAAGCCUCCAAAGUCACCAAAGUCUCCAUACAGCUCUAGCACGCAACUGUACCCUAAAAAAGUUGCAGUUUGGCGAUCUCCGCAGGGAGUAGGCAGUGCGCAUCUUGAGAGUACAGCUGUAAAAAACUCAAGGCAGUUGUGGCUGGGAUCACUGAAACAAGGAAUGAACCAUCCUCUGAAAUCAGAUGUUAACAUGGGGCAUAUGCGAACUUACAUUUCUAGUAGCACUCCAGAAUAUUUGAAGGAAGCUCUAGGAAUGAAGAAGCCAAAACAUUCUCGUUCUUCUAGUAAUGGCUACAUUCCUGGAACUCCUGACUACAAAGAAAAAGAAGAUAUGUAUGAUGAAAUUCUAGAAUUGAAAAAGACAAUACAAGCUCAGAAAAAUGAGGGAGAUAGAAUGAAAACUAAGCUCCGUCGACUAGAAGAAGAGAACAAUAGAAAGAAUAAACAGAUUGAACAACUGUUGGAUCCUUCCAGGGCCUCGGAGCUGGCACGAGCUUUGUCAGAAAAGAAGACUGAUAAUGGAUGGGUGGUUAGUGGAUUGAAGCAGAAGAUUCUCAAGCUAGAACAACAGUGCAAGGAGAAAGACAACACUAUUAACAAAUUCCAGGCAGACAUGAAGACUACUAAUUUGGAAGAAAUGAGGAUAGCUAUGGAAACCUACUAUGAAGAGGUUCAUCGACUCCAACUCCUCCUGGCAAAAUCUGAGACUAUGAGGAAAAAUGCAGAGGGCAGAGAUACCCAAAAACGACUGAAAGCACUGAAUGCUGCUGUCCUGAGAUUAUCCAGGAAUAUCAAGGAAUUGCAGAAUGAAAAUCAGAGGCUGAAAGAAGAUCUAGAUCAUGUACUGAGCAGUUCUCUGCCUUCCAAUAAAAUAAAAAACUAUAGUGAGUGGAGCAGACAGAGGCUGGUGAGGCGGAUUUUGGAACUAGAAAAAAAAGUAUGUGCCAUGGAGAACACGAGGGUAUCAUCAGCAGAUAGUGAGUCAUCACAGUUUCUUGCUGUGUCAUCUUCGCCUUCUGUAGACCAGGAUCAUCCAGCCUCUCAACAGGUAGACCAUGUUGAAGAAUGUCAUCGCCUCCAAGGGCUAGUGAAGAAACUGAAGAGUGAUAGGAAGGCGCUUCAAAAUCUCUUGUUCAAUAAAGAAUUAGAUAUCAAGCAGUUACUGCAGGCUAAGGCUGAAGUGGAGCUGGAGCUGCAGAAGUGGCAGAAUAAGAUGGAAGAAAAGAGUACAGAAGAGCAGAGUUUGAGUGAGGAAAUCCAGAACGUGACACAGAAAGUAGGGAAAUUGGAGUUUAAAUUGGCAGAAGAGAAGAGACAAAUGGCAGAAGACUCAAUGGAAAAGCUUAGUAAGUCUUCACCAGCCUGCACAGUUAAAGGCAAAGAUGAUCACAGGAAGCAACAAGCAGCCAAAAUCAUCCAGAGACAGUGGAAGGUGUACUGCAACAAGAAAGAAGAAACUGCUCUGGAUGAGGCAGUUGUUAUGCUUCAGGCAGCUUUCAGAGGACAUUUAGCUCGACAGAAACUGUUACUGAAUAACAGGAUGCAUGAUGCAAAAUCUCACAGCAAGAACUCCUGCAUGAAUUCCAUGUCAAACUCCUUGAGCUUGUCUUCUGAUGGCAAGGAGAAAGAUGAGAUUGUGACAUUCAUCCAGUCCAUUUUCAGGGCUCACUUGGCACGUAAACUACUGUGUGAGGAGAGCAUGUCUUUUUGCAGGCCCUCUACGUCCAGUGCACCAAGUGAGAAAGCAGAUUCUUCAGUUUACGUUACAGAGAAGAAACCGGUCUCAGCAGUGCUCCAGAGACCUCCUUCAAUCUUUAUGUCAUCUCUUCCUGCCAGGUCCUCUGAGAAGCAAUCACAGUCUACUCCCUCUCUGUCUGUGGAUGAAGCUCACUCAGAUGAUUCAGAUGAUAUUGUCAUUGUCUCUCCGUUGUUGCAGAUGAAGAAAAACUACACCCACUUUUAA